AACAAAGGCAUUCCACAUCCAUGUACUAUAUACUCAAAGGUCUAUGAUUGCAUCUAUGUUUUUAAUUUAACCUAACCUAAUGUCCCAAAUAUUACUGUUCCAACAAGGUUAGAGUUUAAACAUGAAUUCCACGCUUCGAUCGAGACUAAUUGUUACUAAAAGCCUAUGUUACCAUCAACGGAAUUUGUCGAUACAAAAAGAUGACAAAGAUCGAAUUAAUCACGCAAAAGAAAAUUCAAUGGAUGAAUUGGUGGAACCAACUACUUGCUGUAUGUCAGGAUGCGCAAAUUGCAUAUGGAUUAAAUAUGCAGAAAAAUUGAGUAACAUGGUAGAAAAAUCUGACAUAGAUCUGCAAAAAAUCAUCUUUGACAAGAUUAUGUACAUAUAACGUUACUGAGACUAUAUAUACUUUGUAUAUAUAUAU